AUGAUGAGAAGAUCACUGUAUUCACAUCCAACAAACUGUUUUAUCUCUCCAAAUUUCCUUCUUCACUUCAAGCUAUUCUCUUCAGUUUCCGAUGUAGAAGCUCAGUUGAGAAGUCUUUGUGCCAAACCCGAUAAGUUUCAUCUAAAUGAAGCAGUUUCUCUGCUUCACAAAGCAGUCAAUUCAAGCCUAUUGCCUUCUCAGUCAGCUUGCAACUAUCUCUUGGAAUCCCUGGUAAAGUCAAAAAACUAUGAACUGGCUUUUUCUGUUUAUAGUAAAAUGACCCAUGUGGGGGUUUUGCCAAGUUUUAUAUCAUUGAGUGGUUUAAUUGAUAGUUUUGUGAUUGCCAAGAAGCCCCAGAUGGCUUUAGGGGUCUUGGGGUUGAUGUUUAAGCGUGGUUUUAUUUUUGGAGUGUAUAAUAUUAAUGUGAUAUUGAAGGGUUUGUGUAGAAAUAGUGAGGUUUACGAAGCAUUGGAUUUAUUUAAUAGAAUGAAAAAGAUUAAUAUUUUGCCUGAUAUUGUUAGUUAUAAUACGAUUGUAAAUGGACUUUGUAAAGAGAAGAGAUUGGAAAAGGCAGUCGAUUUGUUAGUUGAAAUGGAGGGGUCAAAUUGUGAACCAAAUUCGUUUACUUAUUGUAGUUUGAUGGACGGUCUUUGUAAGGAUGGUAGAGUAGAAGAGGCAAUGAAUUUGUUGGAGGAGAUGAAGAGAAAGGGAUUGGAGGUGGAUGUCGUUGUUUAUGUUACGCUUAUAAGUGGUCUCUGUAGCAAAGGAUGUUUACAUAGAGGGAAAGCAUUGUUUGAUGAGAUGUUCGAAAAGGGUAUUUCUCCAAAUGUAGUUGCUUAUAGUUGUUUGAUAAAUGGUUUUUGUAAGAAGGGGCUAUGGAGAGAAGCCACUGCUGUGUUACAGACUAUGACCGAAAGGGGGAUUCAGCCUGAUGUUCAUACUUAUACGUGUAUGAUUGAUGGGCUUUGUAAAGAUGGGAGGGCUAGGAAGGCUUUGGAUUUGUUUGAUUUAAUGAUAGAGAAAGGUGAAGAGCCUAGUACUGUGACAUAUAAUGUUCUAAUCAAUGGACUAUGCAAGGAAGACAGCAUUGGAGAUGCUUUUAAAAUAUUUGAAACAAUGUUGGAGAAGGGAAAGAGACCGGACGUGUUUUCUUACAAUACUCUAAUAAUGGGACUUUGCAAUAAGCGCAAGGUUGAUGAGGCAAUGAAACUUUUUUGUUCAUUGUUGGAGGAUGGGAAUUAUGUUGAGCCAGAUGCAAUCACAUUCAACACUGUGAUUCAAGGGCUGUGCAAGGAAGGGCGUCUUGAUGAGGCUGUGGAGAUUUAUGAUACAAUGAUUCAGAGGGGGAGCUCUGGUAAUUUGCUUACUUGUCAAAUUUUAAUUGGAGAAUAUCUAAAAGCAGGAAUUGUGGACAAGGCCAUUGAACUUUGGAAACGUGUACACGAAUUGGGGUUUGUUCCGAGUUCAACCACUUACAGUGUCAUGAUUGAUGGAUUUUGUAAAACGCACAUGCUUAAUUUUGCGAAAGGACUAUUUAGUAGAAUGAAAAUUUCUGGGCUUAGCCCUACAUUGUUUGAUUACAAUACUUUGAUGGCAUCCUUGUGCAAGGAGAGUAGCUUGGACCAAGCAAGAAGAUUGUUUCAAGAAAUGAGAAAUUCAAACUGUGAACCUGAUAUCAUUUCUUUCAAUAUAAUGAUUGACGGGACUCUGAAAGCAGGGGAUAUUCAAUCUGCCAAAGAAUUACUGAAGGACAUGUAUCAUAUGGGUUUGACCCCAGACACUUAUACUUAUUCCUCAUUAAUAAGCCGGCUGUCAAAACUUGGACAAAUGGAAGAGGCAAAAGGUGCUUUUGACAACAUGAUUGCCUCUGGCAUUACACCAGACAAUCAUAUAUAUGAUUCCUUAAUUAAAGGCUUUGGUUCGAAUGAUGAGACAGAAGAAGUCAUAAAGCUCCUUGGUCAAAUGGCAGAAAUGGGUGCCGUCCUUGACUUAGAAAUAACCAAUACCAUCUUGGCGUUUCUCUGUAAUAGCUCGGAGCAUCUUGAUGUAGUGGAGCUUUUGCCUAAUUUUUCCUCAGAAGAGUCAGGACGGACAAGCAUCUCUUGUGAUGAGUUAUUGAAGAAAAUACAAAAGUCUAACCCAAAACUCCAAAUAUGUGCUGCUUGA